AUGUUCAUUAUUUUUCUUUAACUUAUCAUUUAAACAAAUACUGAAGUGAUUCAAAUUUUGACCAGAUAAGAGGCAAUUUUAGAUGUUUUCAGUUAAUCAGGUAUCAUUCUUGAAUAAAAACUUACUGAAUAGCAAUUUUGCAAAAUUAUCCAAUAACAAUUAGUAGCAAAUAAUAUUGAUGAUAAUUCAAUAGCUUUGAUAGAUAGUUAUAAUGAUGAUAAUUUUAGUCAGGAUUUUGAAUAUGGUUCAUACAAAGGAAAGAUAGGGAAAAUUAUAAAAUUUGUUCAAGUUUAGCAAGGAAUAUUUAUUCUAAGAGAUGAUGGUUAAUUAUAUUAUUUAAGAAUUCAAGACACAAAAUUCAUAUAAUAAGCUACUUUUAAACUAAACAUUAAUGAAGUAUCUCUAUAAAGCAAUGUUUUUAUUGAAUAUUUUGAUGAUUAAAAUUCAGUCUUGAUUAUAGUAGACGGAGAAACAUUAGCUUUAGAUUUAGAAUUUGAUGAUGAAGAUGUUUAUAUUAAAUAAUACAAAGUUUAUGAAUAAUGGUAAAUUUAGCAUAUAAAUAGCAUUGCAACAGCAAGUAAUCUUAUUAUUGUUGCAAUGAACAUUGGUAUUAAAAUGUUUGAAUUUGUAAAUCAUCAAUUAAAUGAAAUAUUUAUAGAUACCUAAAUGUUAGGUAGAAUCUAAGAUAUAAAGGUUUUCAAAUAAAUUAAUAAUGAUAAUUAUUUUAUAUAUUUGUUAGAUGAAUAAUGUGGAGUUAGCUAAUAUAUAUAUAAUAUUGGAAGAAGUGUUAUUUUGUAAUUUAAUUCUUAAAUGGGUUAAAUUCCAUAUCCUGGAGAGAUCUUAGAUGUACAUGGAGAUAUUUUAAUGAUUGCGUAAAAUUAGACUUUAUUUGAAUUUCGAAUAGAUUAUAUUAAAAAUAGUUAUGAACUAAUUAAAAAACAUGAUUUAGAAACUGAUAUAAUUGAUAUCUAAUUAACUGAUACUUUUGCAAUCAUUAUAGGAAGAAAUGGACAUUAAAUUUUGUUUCACUCAAUUCCUUCCACUUUUUCUUAAUUUGAGUGGAUGAAUUAAUUAGUGAUACCAAAUCUUAAGUAAUUAGAUAUAUUAUCAUUGAAUUUGAAUUUCUAUAAAAAUAGAAAUCAAAAUAAAACCAUUUAGAAUAUUAUUGUUGGAAUUACCUAACAUAAGUUUUUCUUUUCGAAAAUUGAAUUGGUAUUAAAUAUUAUUAUAUAUUUUAGUAACAAUCAUAUAUUGAAUGCUAUUCAGAUAAUAUUUCUUCUGAAAUAGUUUUAGAGUAUCAAUAAAAGUCUACUUAUUGUAAAUCAAAUUUAAAAAAUAAAAUAUGUUAAUAAAAUAAGGUUUAUACUAUACAAUUUGUAGAUCCAAAAGCAUUUGGAGGAGGAAAAGAAGCAUAUCUUCUUAUAUUAAUUCUUUACGUGAUAUCUAUUGCAUUCUUUUUAAUCUUUUUGGGAACCCUAAUCUUUUUAUAUAGAAGAUAUCAUCGAAUUCCUAAAAGAAUUGAGUUGGAUGAUAAAGAAGAAUAACCAUAUACAAAUACGGUGAGACAUAUGAAAAUGGCUUCAUCAAAAAAUAUUAUUUAUUUGUCUAAAACUGAUCAAACUCCUAUAAGUGGUGUUUAGGAAUAAGUUAAUGAACAACUCAAUAAUAAUAAUAUCCCGAUUACUUAAGAAAAUUAAGAUAUAUCUCCUAUGGCUUCUGAAAUGAGAUGA